AUGCUGAUAACCGCCUACCGUGAUGCACGUACGGGGAUCCGCAUCGCCUACGGGACGGACGACCCCCUCCUCAAUCAACAGCGGAUGCACUUCCAAUCGCGCGUAUCCACAACCACAGUUCACGAACUUCUCUUCGCCGUCGACUGUGCCCCCAGCACCAUCUCGGAAGAGGACAUGCAAGGGAGCACGUACCUCUUCUCUACCGCCUACGAGAACUUCUGUCUGGUCACUAACACGAGAAGACGGUGGUCACGCGUCAAUCGCCACCCAGCACAGUCCGUCCCAACAGCGUGCUGCAGAUCAACAUGA